AAACCGAUGGAUGCAUCCAUCCAUGGACGGGGAUGGAUCGACAUCGAUCGAUCGAGUCGCGUUCGAAGAAGCCUAAUUAACGAGAGCUGCUGCUAGCUGGCUCAGGCUGUCGUCAUGUUCCAAAAGUCUCGUCCCAUGUGACCCUCCAAUUCCCUCCGUCGUAGUAACAAGGUGGCGUGGUGGCUAUAGCGCUUUGCAGCUAGCAUACUGUAGUAGUACUAGCAUGCUAGUAUAAAACAAAAACCGGCAGAUCCAUGUUGCGGCGCCGUCCAACGCGCGCGCCAGAGCUAGGUGGUUAGCCCAAGCUCGCGAGAUCGAUCGCUACUAUAGGCUAAGGACACGUACAUGGCGCAGCUCCCGCCCAAGAUCCCGGUGGCGGCGCCGGGGCACCACCAGCACUGGGCCUCGGCCGGGGGCGCCGGCGACGCGGCGUGGGCGGAUGAGUUCGCCGAGUUCGCGGCGUCGCGGCGGGGCGCGCACCGCCGGUCGCUGAGCGACUCCGUGGCGUUCGUCGAGGUGGCGCCGGCGGGGUGCGGGGCGGGCGGCGAGUUCGACAGGCUCGACGACGACCAGCUCAUGUCUAUGUUCCCCGACGAGGGCGGGUCGUCGGCCCCGGGGUCCGACAACGGCGGCAGCGACAGCGACGGCGGCGGCGACAAGCACGCCGCGGCGCAGAGCGACGACGGGCAGCACGCCGCCGGGGAGCCGACGCAGGAGCAGGCGGCGGCCACCUCGCCGACGGAGCUGAUCCGGGACCCCAAGAGGGUCAAGAGGAUACUGGCUAAUCGGCAGUCGGCCCAGAGGUCGCGAGUGAGGAAGCUUCAGUACAUCUCCGAGCUCGAGCGCAGCGUCACAACCCUGCAGAACGAGGUAUCCGUGCUGUCCCCUCGGGUGGCGUUUCUGGAUCAGCAGCGGACGAUCCUGACCGUCGGCAACAGCCACCUCAAGCAGCGGAUCGCGGCUCUAGCACAGGACAAGAUUUUCAAGGAUGCCUGCAUGUGCAGCUCAUCAGGAGGCGUUGAGGAAGGAGAUCGAGAGGCUGAGGCAGGUAUACCAGCAGCAGAACACCAAGUUGUCCGGUGGUCUGGCCGCUGACCACGCACAUGUCCAUGGCGGCCCGCCGCCUGUGCGAGCAGAGAAGGAGCUCAUGAGCUAGCUGAUCAAUUUGCCUACUGUCCCCUGUGCAGUCUGCCUUAGCAUUAACUUUGGAGGGAACAUUGCAUCAUGAACCUGUGGAUGUUUUCUUCUUCUUCUUCUUUUUGUUUUUUUAUUCUUUUACAUUGACUUGUGUAUUCUUGAUUCGGAUGUUGAUUGGAGUUCUGGUUUACAAUGGGAAUUGUGGGAGAUGUCAAUAAGAAAAUGUGAACUGCAAUAAGAUUAACUGUGAUUUUUGAAAGCAGUGCUUCA